AUGUCGGAAACUCCAACAUCAUUGUCGGUUAUUGGAGCUGGUCUACCAAGAACCGGAACGUUGAGUAUGAAAAAGGCAUUGGAAAUAAUUUACACUCAACCUUGUUAUCAUGGUUAUGAACUUGUGACCAGAAAACAAUGUGACAUUCCUAGAUGGCAAAUGCUUGUCGACGAGGUACGAACGACGCGUCGUGAAGAGAAGAUACAUAAAUAUUUAAGUGAGAUAUUGACUGGUUAUGGAUCUGUGGUUAAUACCCACGCGUGUUGGUUGUACAAAGAAAUGAUGACUUUAUACCCUAACGCAAAGGUUGUGCUAACAGUACGCGAUAAAAACGAUUGGUUGACCAGUUUUCGGCAAGUUAUAAUGCCAAAAUCAGAUGGUCCGCGUAGAAAGCAAUUCGAGGAAGCGAAACGACGUUCGGGAAUCCCUCUUGAUUUAGACAAACUUGCUACUGAUUCGUUUAAACUAGCAUUUCAAAAGAAUGAUAUUGAUUUUGAUGAUGAUGCAAUGUUACUUGAAUGCUACGAAGAACAUAUCAAAACUCUUCAGGAAAAUAUACCAUCUACACGUCUUCUGGUACAUCGACUUGGAGAUGGAUGGGAACCCUUGUGUAGAUUCUUGAAUGUGGAUAUACCAGUUAAUAUACCGUACCCCGAAGCUGGUAAACAGUCUGAUUUGCAAAAUCUGAGGGAAUUAAUAAAGAAUUGUGGAUCAAUUCAGGAUGUCGCUAGAAUGCAUCCAGGAAUUAUAUAA